AUGGCCGCGGCCGGCGGCAGUGCCAAGGCCAUGUCCCUGUUCAAGCGCACCCUGGUGCUGAGCCCGGCCGCGGCGCCCCGGACCCCCGGCGCGGCCCCGCGGGGCUGCCCGGUGCCUCCCGCCGCCUGGCCGGGCAAGGACCGGCCGCUGCUCCGCAGCACGGCGCCCUGCCGCCUGCCCUGGCCCCACGCGUGCUCCUCCGCGUCCCCCACCGCCACCGACGUGUGUCUGCUCUGCCCGCAGGACUCCCUGAGCAGCAGCUUGCAAACCUGCUACAAGUACCUGAACCAGACCAGCCGCAGUUUCGCUGCUGUCAUCCAGGCGCUGGACGGGGAAAUGCGUCAUGCAGUGUGCAUAUUUUACCUGGUUCUUCGGGCUUUGGACACUCUGGAAGAUGACAUGACCUUAAGUACGGAGAAGAAAAUUCCACUGUUGCAGACAUUUCACACUUUCCUUUAUGACCCAGACUGGCGCUUCACGGAGAGCAAGGACAAGCAUCGACAAGUGCUGGAGGACUUCCCCACGAUCUCCCUGGAGUUUCGAAAUUUGGCUAAGAAAUAUCAAAUAGUGAUUGCUGACAUUUGCAAGAAAAUGGGGUUUGGGAUGGCAGAGUUUGUGGAUAAGAAUGUGACCUCCAAACAGGAGUGGGACAAGUAUUGCUACUAUGUCGCUGGGCUGGUGGGAAUCGGCCUUUCCCGUUUGUUCUCGGCCUCAGAGUUCGAAGAUCCCUUAGUUGGUGAGGACACAGAGCGAGCCAACUCAAUGGGCCUGUUUCUGCAGAAAACAAACAUCAUCCGUGAUUAUCUGGAAGACCAGCAAGAGGGAAGAGAGUUUUGGCCUCAAGAGGUCUGGGGCAGGUAUGCUAAGAAGUUGGGAGAUUUUUCUAAGCCAGAGAAUAUUGACGUGGCCGUGCAGUGCAUGAAUGAACUUAUAACCAACACCUUGCACCACAUUCCCGAUGUCAUCACCUACCUGUCACGGCUCCGGAACCAGAGUGUGUUUAACUUCUGCGCUAUUCCGCAGGUUAUGGCCAUUGCCACUCUAGCUGCCUGUUACAAUAAUCAGCAAGUGUUCAAAGGGGUGGUGAAGAUUCGGAAGGGGCAAGCAGUUACCCUGAUGAUGGAUGCCACAAAUAUGCCAGCUGUCAAAGCAAUACUCUUACAGUAUGUGGAAGAGAUCUAUAACAGAAUCCCUGACUCGGACCCUUCCUGUAGCAAAACCAGGGAGAUCAUCUCCCAAAUCAGGAUGCAGAAUCUUCCUAAUUGUCAGCUGAUCUCCCGAAAUCACUACUCCCCCGUCUACCUGCCCUUCGUCAUGCUCUUGGCUGCUCUGAGCUGGCAGUACCUGACCACCCUGUCCCAAGUCACGGAAGAUGCUCGGACAGGAGAACAUUGAUUUGAAUUUGUCUGGAAGCUGAAGUGCUCAAGAAAUGGGUUAUUUUUUCCUCAAGGAUGGAAAUUGACUUGACUUCCCUUUCUUUUUCUCCUACUUUAAUCCUUCAAGAAUACUGUGUGUUGGACCUUUAGAAACUGUGCCAUGCAGUUGAGAAUGUGACACACAAAGGAGAGAACGCUUCCCCCUCAACAGCCUGGUACUUGGGUCAUGGUCCCCAUGCUUCUCAUGGCCAUUGGCAGUGCCCUGCCCACUGCACCUGAGCUGAAGUGGCCACACACGACUUAGUCUCAAGAUCUUAGUGACUCCUGGCUACAGUGACAAUUAAAUGUAUUUAAUUUGAAGAAGCCUUUGAAUAUCUACCAUAAUAGAAAAUGAAGGGAAUUUUC